AUGACAAGCAAUCAGACACAGCAUACAACAACAAAAGAUGUCGUUGAAAAGUACGAGAGAAAAGCGCAAAGCCUCAGAGCCACCUUGUCCGUAGAGGUUCCGUUCGAGAAUGUCCAUGUUCUACCGCAGACACCACAGCUGAUCGCUCUCUUGUCUAUGAUUCGAAAUAAAGAAACAGACCGUGCGGACUUCAUAUUCUACUCGAAUCGCAUUAUCCGGUUGCUGGUCGAGGAAGGCUUGAACCAUUUGCCAGUGAUAGAACACGACAUCACUACACCCGUCGGCCGUAUUUACAAUGGACUCAUGUUCCAAGGCAAAAUCUGCGGCGUCUCUAUCAUGAGAGCCGGCGAGGCAAUGGAGCAGGGCUUGAGGGACUGCUGCCGUUCCGUUCGCAUCGGCAAGAUUCUGAUCCAGCGCGACGAAGACACCGCACAGCCCAAGCUAUUCUAUGACAAAUUGCCUGAGGAUAUUGCUGAUCGUUGGGUCAUGCUUCUGGAUCCCAUGUUUGCUACAGGUGGUUCUGCCAUCAUGGCUGUCCAGGUUUUGAAAGCGAGGGGGGUGCCCGAGGACAGAAUCCUUUUCCUUAACCUGAUCGCCAGCCCCGAGGGCAUUAACAACUUCGUCAAGAAAUUCCCGCGGCUCAAGGUGGUGACGGCAUUCAUUGAUGAGGGCUUAGACGAGAAAAACUACAUCGUUCCUGGCCUGGGCGACUUUGGCGAUCGCUUCUAUACCAUGUAG